AUGCAGUUGAUAUGUCCCCUAUUUCUGUCUUCAAUUGCAGCGCAGACAGCAAUUAAGAAAACAAAUACGUUAACACCUUCACUCGGUGGGAAUGGCCUUAAUGCAGAUCAUCAGGAGCUCAUGCUAAACUCCGGAGAGUCACAAGAGUCUUCGGCAUUAGAUGUGGAUUCGGCUACAUGCAAAUUGGAUGCAUUACAGGAACUUAAGCCACAAUUAGAGGCGGGGCUAGAAGGUAGCGCGAAGAUAUUGGUUGAUUUGCGAGAAUUUGACUCUCAGGUGGCGGUGCGCAUGUCCGCCAAUACUGAUGGUCUGAAGAUCAACCUUCCAGGGUUUCCAAGGAUGUUUGGCAUCCCUUACAAAGAUAUUUCGUUGCCUUUGCUGACUUAUUACGAUCGAUGUCUGCAAUUGGAGUUGAGAACUAUGGAAGUGCUUUUACUUUGUUUUGACUGUCAUGGUCAUCGCAAUCUUUGGUUCAAUUCCAUCACCGAAAGGGUUUUGUUUGAUCGCAUUGGCGCGAGAGGCAACCUCCCGGUCUGGCCACAGGAAAUAAGGCUGACCCAGGUAGCAAACCAGGAGCAGCACGAAUCUUCGGAACCGUUGCCUCCGACGAAUGCUACCGAUGUCAAGAGUACGGCGGAGGAAGAGGACAAAAAUAUAUACGUCCAUAUUCUGGCGUACAAGGGAUUAGAGCCGCCAGAGAUGAUUUUAGGUGGUAUCGACUUGAGCACUUACAUUAAGCAAGCGGUAGCCGUUGUCGCCUCUACUACCGUGGCCCCAUCCUUGACGGCCGAUCUGAGCUUGAGCCCAAUUGAGUUAGCGCAAAAGAAGAAGCAGCAGGAAGUGGAACAGACCAUCGACUUAUUGGAGGCCAUGAACAAUAGACUCGACCUGGAAACAGCUGCCGAGGAACCGGAAGUGGAUGCUGACAUCCAAAAAGCGUCAGAAGUGGCAACUCAACUGCUUCGGAUUCCAUAG